AUGGGCACCGCCGCUUGUGACCGUCGGAGCGUCAAAGACGUACUUUACGAUGCCAGUGCCGGUGCCGCCGCGGGUGCAAUAGCUGCAACUUUUGUCUGUCCGUUGGAUGUAAUAAAGACAAGACUUCAAGUCCAUGGUCUGCCUGAACUUCACCCUUCCCACAAAGGAAGUGUUAUUUUGACAAGCCUACGGAACAUUGUAAGAAAUGAAGGAGUGAAGGGAUUGUACCGUGGCCUUUCACCAACAUUGACAGCAUUACUUCCAAAUUGGGCAGUUUACUUCACUGUUUAUGGACACCUCAAAGAGCUGUUGCAUUCACAUGAGGAUAGAAAUGAUCAGCUUUCAUUUGGCUUAAACAUGAUAGCUGCUUCGGGAGCUGGGGCUGCAACAUCCAUUGCAACAAAUCCGUUGUGGGUUGUUAAGACACGACUUCAAACACAGGGAAUGAGGCAGGGCGUUGUUCCUUAUAAGAGCAUUUUUUCUGCUCUGAGGCGCAUUGCACAAGAGGAAGGAAUCCGAGGAUGGUAUAGUGGCCUUCUGCCUUCCCUGGCUGGGAUUAGUCAUGUUGCUAUUCAGUUCCCUGCAUAUGAGAAGAUAAAAUACUACUUAGCAAAACGGGAAAACAAGAGCACCAAUGAUCUAAGCCCUGGGAAAGUUGCAAUUGCCUCUUCAUUUUCAAAAGUGAUUGCUUCUGUUUCGACUUACCCACAUGAGGUAGUGCGGUCGAGGUUGCAAGAGCAAGGACAAAUGAGGAAUUCGGGGUUGCAAUAUGAUGGUGUUCUUGAUUGCAUUAAGAAGGUUUUUGAAAAGGAAGGUCUUAAGGGAUUUUAUCGUGGUUGUGCUACUAAUCUUUUGCGAACGACUCCAUCUGCUGUCAUAACUUUUACCAGCUAUGAGAUGAUACAUAGGUUUUUGCUUCGCGUUUCACCUCCAGACGAGAGGCACUCGGAACCACAACCGAAACCUGAAGGCCAAAUCAAGUUCCACAAGGAAACUGUAAUUUAUGGAGAUGACCAGUCUAAUAACCGGAGUAGUUUGGUUCCUUUGGAAAAACUCUGA